AUGGUCACCACUCUGGUCGCAACCAAACGGGCUGUUUCUCAGCUGGCGAACCUCAAGGCCAGAAGCAACAUCAUUGCAGAUACCCGAAGUUUGGUCUUUUGCACAAAUUCAUACUCGCAGGCCGCCUCCAUCCGCUACCAUCUUCGUAACCAACGAACCCAGCUCCGGUCACCAAUCUACACCAUCUGCAUCACCGACCCGAACCGCUUGCAUACCUGCAGUCCGACACACGCACGCACUGGUCAAAGAAGCUUGUCUGGCACCACGUCUCUGAAGAUGGCGACGGACGACGAGUACAUGGACUUCCUGAACAAGGCCAACGAGGACCCGGGCCAGGGCUCGGCUUCAGCCCAGGCGCAAGGGGGCAAGGGCAAGAAGGAGCUCAAGGCGGCGGACCACGGAGCAGACAUACCGCAGCCAUUGGUUAAAGCUACCAAGGAUGCCUUCUACAUAUCUGAUUCGGACGAGCCGUUUGUGCCCGUGUCGCUGGCGUGGGGCAAGGGCGAGGGCUUGCCAGACGAGGAGGAGAUCGCCAAACUGGUCGACCACUGGGAUCCUGCGAAGGCCGAGGUUGAGAUCUUGGACCCCGUCGACUGGGACAGGAAUGGACAGUACAAGGAGCUUAUUGAUGCGGUUAGCGAGGCUGGAAAGGGCAACGACGUUCGGGUCUAUCGCAUCGUCAAGGAUAGCUCGAGAGUGGAAUACUUUGUGGUGACGAGGGCAGGAGAGGGCAAGAAUGCUAGGCUGGUGGGCGUCAAGGCACUGGCGAUUGAGAGCUGA